AACUGAGAAAAAAAAAAGAAGUUACCUAUCUCCCUCCAAAGAAAACAGAUAACGUUCUUUCUUCGAACGUCGUGAUAACUUAAUCUUAGUUGUUAUGGACACUUCAAUUGUUUCCUUUAAAGUUACCAUUUGACAUUUCUGGAAACAUGUUUGAAGCUUAUAGUAAUGAUGUCCUUUGGAUUGUUGUUAUUGGUUUUCUGGUUGCAUUUUUCUUAGCAUUUGGAGUUGGUGCUAAUGAUGUUGCUAAUUCGUUUGGAACUUCCGUUGGUUCUAAAGUACUCACUUUAACACAAGCAUGCAUUUUGGCUACAAUAUUUGAAAUACUUGGCGCUUUGUUAAUGGGUUUCAAAGUAUCUGAUACAAUACGAAAAGAUAUAUAUGAUUUGGAUAUGUAUGAAAAUGAAGAGAAAGUACUAAUGAUGGGAAAUAUGGCUGCUUUAUUUGGAAGCGCUACAUGGAAUAUAAUAGCAACAUUGCUACGUCUUCCUAUUUCUGGUACUCACAGUAUUGUAGGAGCAGUUCUAGGAUUUACUCUAGUGGUUAAAGGAUUUAGAGGUAUUCAAUGGAAAACCUUAGGCUUCAUAGUUUCCUCUUGGUUUUUGUCUCCUGUUCUCUCUGGUGUUGUCUCUGUAAUAAUUUUUCUACUCAUUCGAAAGUUCAUCUUAAGCAAAGAUAAGCCUAGCCAAGUUGGUGUGGCCUUCAUUUAUAUUAUUUCUGUCUUCAUCAAUGUUCUCUCAAUCGUUCUUGAUGGUUCUCCAGUUUUGUAUCUGGAUAGAUUGCCACCAUGGUUGGCUGUUGUCAUUUCCGCUGCUGUUGGUAUCAUUGUUGGAGUCAUCAUUCAAUUUUUGAUUGUCGGCAAUAAAAAGAAACAAGUUCCUAUUGAACAAGCCCAUGAAGAAAUAUCAUUAGAAAACCCUAUUUCGAAAGAUGAAAAUUUAAUGUUGACAGACGACGACCAUCCUGAAGUAAGAAAACUUUUCAAAGGCUUGCAAAUAAUGACAGCUAUUUUCGGAUCAUUUGCACAUGGAGGAAAUGAUGUUAGUAAUGCUAUUGCACCCUUGAUCAGUCUGUGGCUACUUUAUACCAAAGAUACAAAUGGCUCAACACCCGCGUGGUUGCUUAUUUACGGUGGAUUUGGAAUUAGUAUCGGAUUAUGGGUUAUGGGAAGAAAAGUCAUUCAAACUAUGGGACAAGAUCUUACAAAAAUAACUCCAUUAAGUGGCUUUACUAUUGAAAUUGGAGCUACAACAACUGUCUUGUUGGCUUCUAAAAUAGGAAUUCCAAUCAGUACGACUCACUGCAAAGUUGGCUCAAUUGUAUUUGUUGGGAUGACCCGUAGUACAAAUGAUGUUGAUUUUAAAUUGUUCAAAAAUAUUAUUUUAGCUUGGUUGGUAACUUUACCAUUUACUGGUGUCAUUUCUGGUCUCACAAUGCUUGUUUUAUAUUCCACUACAAUUUCUUAACUUUCAUUAUAAAUUUUAAGCCUAUCAUUUUUCUCAUUUUAUAAUAAAAGUUACAUAUUUUUUGUAGUUUUUUUUUUAUUAAUUCAUCAAAGAUAGCUCCAUUUGUGUUAUACUUACCAUAUAUCACGUUGAUUUUACAAAUGUUUUGAUAGUCAUAGAAAUUUAUUAUGCUGUCUCUCACGAACAUAGUCUCUCACUUCUAAACACUUGUAUGCAAGGGCAAUAAACAUUCUGUAUUAUUUUA